AGUAAUAAUAACGACAAUAAUUCUCCAGCUCACUCAAACGCAAUCAACGUGCAAAAUGAGAUCGUCGACGUUCUACUUAACGUUGCUGUUUGGUAUUGCGAUACUGAUUUCAUGUGGCUACGGGACAUUUACGACGGAACAAAUCGAUUAUUACGGAAGAGCCUGCAAAGCAAGCGAAGGUAAUAAACGUUUCCUCGGCGACAUUGUUAUAUUCGGUUGAGGUGCAAAACGCAUUAUCUGCAGUUAUUUCGUUUUUUCCGAUGUAACAAAUAUAAUUAAAAUAAAAAAAAUCAUAAUGAUAUGAGAAA